UUAAACAAGAUACUAGUAAAAUGUCCUACAACUUUACAGGCGAUGUAGAAAAUAUCAAUUCUCGACAUUUUGAAUUUAUCAGUGAAGUGUUAAAUAAAAAUGGAUAUAAAGGAACAGAUGUGAAUAUAAAAAAUGUCGGUAAGAAAGGUGAUAAUUACGGUUCAAGAGUUAAAAGAAUCGAAGUAACAUUUGAAGAUGGGAAAGAAUUCAAAAUUAUAGUAAAAAUUGCACCCGAAGAUUCGAUAAUCAGAGAUCAAAUAAAUGCGAACGAUUUAUUCAAGAAUGAAACUGUAAUAUUCAAUCAAUUAUUACCGAAAUUAAGAGAAAUACAAGAAAAAUUUGGUGUACCAGUUGAAGAUUUAUUUAAAUAUCCCAUUUGUUAUGGGACUAACGAUGAAUUGACGAACGAAAUAAUAUUACUUGAAGAUCUAGAGACGCGUGAUUUUCAAAUGCUAGAUAAAACAACGCCAUUAACCAACGAAGCUGUUAGACUGAUACUUAGAGAUCUAGCAAACUUCCAUUCUUUGUCAUUCGUUUUGAAAUACAAAGAUCCUGUGUUAUUUAAUAAUUUUAUGGGUACUUUAGUAAACUCAAUGAUAAACGAGAAAACGAUCGCUCAAACUCAAAUGUUUUUCGAGCAUACACUGAAUGAUUUGAAGUCUAUAUUUGAUAAUGACCGAUACAAGAAUGUUAUCACUGAUAUAUCACAAUAUUUAGUGAAGAAUUGGAUGAAAUUAAUGAAAAGUGAUGCAGGGUCGAAGUACAGUGUUAUCCAACACGGUGACUUAUGGACUAACAAUAUUAUGUUUCAGAUGCAGGGAAAUCGACCUACAGACUGCAUAUUCAUAGACUACCAGCUCUCACGAGACAGUCUCCCAGUCUCAGACAUCCACUAUUUACUCUUCAGUUGUACAGACUACCAAACUAGAUCUAAACAUUACAAUGAAUGGAUGGACUACUAUCACUCGGAACUGGAAAGAUAUCUAUCAUAUUUCGAUCUUAAAGUAAACUACGUUUAUCCGAGAGAUAAAUUCGAUGCUGAUUUAAAAAGAUACGGUAAACCUGGACUUGGGAUAGCAUUUAUUAUGGUCAAUUUUGCACUUAGACAGACACAAGAAGCGCCUGAUCUAACAAAUAUAGACGGAACUAAUCUACCAGAUAAUCUUAAAGUGGGAUCACUUAUGGAUAAAACUGUUGAAUCGAUUAAGGAGCGUGUAGAAGGUCUUAUUGAAAGCUGUUUUGAGUUCGGGUAUUUACCCGAACCAUCAAAGGCAACGUUUAAAUAGUUAGUCAUGAAACUGUUAAAUAUGUUUUUGUAUCUAUGAAAAUAUUUUCACAAAGUUUAUAAUAAAAUUUACACAUUAAAUGUAAAAAUAAGUUAUUAAAAUUGGUCAUUGUUUUAACAGUUUGAUAAAUUGGUAGCAAUAUUUAACCUUGUGGUUAUUAUGCAUUUACACGUAGCGCCUGCUGAAUUACAACGAGCAACAUGUUGCGGAUGGUCACGGAACAAAACAGAACAUCGAAUAAUGUCUUGGGAUUUCAUGGUUGUAAAGAAAGUUACAUUAAGAUUAUUAUUUUUAUUGUUCUACAAUAUUAGCACUAAGGUAUAGUUUACGUAUUAUUUUUUUUAUAACAAAAGGGGGCAAAC